AUGGAUAGCACAGAUUCAUCAUCAGGGUCUCAACACCCACACCCACAUCUCCCUCCAGGGUUCCGGUUCCACCCUACCGACGAGGAACUCGUCGUUCACUACCUCAAGAGAAAAGCUGCAUCUGCACGCCUUCCCGUAGCCAUCAUCGCCGAGGUUGAUCUCUACAAGUUCGACCCUUGGGAGCUCCCAAGUAAAGCAACGUUUGGUGAGCAAGAGUGGUACUUUUUCAGCCCAAGGGAUCGGAAAUACCCAAAUGGGGCCAGGCCCAAUAGGGCUGCUAUUUCUGGGUAUUGGAAGGCCACUGGAACUGACAAGCCUAUUCUAGCAUCUGAUGGGCACCAAAAAGUUGGAGUCAAGAAAGCACUUGUUUUCUAUGGUGGGAAGCCUCCAAAAGGGGUUAAAACUAAUUGGAUUAUGCAUGAGUAUAGGCUUGCUAAUGAUUCCUUUAAUUCUAGCUCAAAACCUCCUCCUCUUGCUGCUGAUCAUCGUCCAAACAAUAACAAGAAAAAUUCCCUAAGGCUUGACGAUUGGGUUUUAUGCCGAAUAUACAAGAAAAGCAAUACUAGCACUUUACCAAGGCCACCCCUUAUGGAGCAUGAAGAGGAACUUUCAAUGGAGAACAUGCUACCCACGAUGUCAACUUUGUCAAUGGCUAAUAAUACGCAAAACUCUAAACCCCCAUCUUCGAGAAACGCAAGUUAUGGACCACUAGGACUUGAAAAUGAUGACAACUUUUUUGAUGGAAUCCUAGCCGCUGAUCAGAGCAUGCAAAACGGUUCUGAUUCUCACCUAGUCUCUCCCAACUCAAAGGGUAAUAAUAACAAUACUAGUAACUUCCCUAUGAAACGUGCACUAUCAUCCCAGCUUUGGAACGAGACAGGAUCUCCAGGGUCUUCUUCUUCAAGUAAGCGAUUCCAUGGUGAUCUUAAUAGUGGAAGCAGCACCGUUGAAGAAAACAAUUCCUUUGUUUCUCUGCUUAGCCAGAUUCCUCAAAACGCAACGUUACAUCCAAACGCGAUUCUUGGGUCAGUUGAUGGUGCACUGAGGCAACAGUUUCAACUUCCGGGAAUAAAUUGGAACUGAUUAAUAGUAUGGUUUAGCUUAGUUUACACACACACACCUCUGAUCUUAA